UUUAUACUCCGGUCAACUUUUUCUCCCCAGCUUGCAAAAACACAGCGUUCGAAAUGGACGACGACGAUGCCCCACCCCAGCUAGUUGACAUCUCGACCGCCCCCGAUGUGGCCCCGCCAUCGACGUCACUAGACACGCCGCCUCAGAACCGCGUGCCCAUCACGCUUGUGACUGGCUAUCUGGGAGCCGGCAAGACCACUCUCCUCAACUAUAUCCUCACCGAGAAGCAUGGCAAGAAGAUUGCCGUGAUCAUGAACGAGUUCGGUGACUCAACCGACAUCGAGAAACCCCUAACCGUCAACCAAGACGGUCAAGAAGUGACCGAAUGGAUGGAAGUCGGCAAUGGCUGCAUCUGCUGCUCCGUCAAAGACAACGGCGUCAUGGCCAUCGAAUCCCUAAUGGAACGCCGCGGCGCCUUCGACUACAUCCUGCUUGAAACGACCGGGCUCGCCGACCCAGGCAACAUCGCCCCAGUCUUCUGGGUCGACGACAACCUAGGAAGCAGCAUCUACCUCGACGGAAUCGUGACUCUCGUGGACGCCAAAAACAUCCUGCACCUGCUCGACGAGCCCACGCCCGAAGAAACCGUCUCCAGCCACGGAACAGAAACCGAACCCAACCACAAGCACACGCACACCGGCCCCGUCCUCUCCAUGGCACACAUGCAAAUCUCCCACGCCGACGUAAUCAUCAUCAACAAAGCCGACCUCGUCACAGCAGACGAACUCGCCAUAGUCCAAGACCGGGUAACGGCCAUCAACAGCGCAGCUAAAAUCCACAUCACGGAUCAUAGCAAAACGCCGAAGAUAGAGGGCGUGGUGCUGGAUUUGCAUGCGUAUAAUCAUUUGGAUUCGUUGGAUUUCGCUCAGAAGGGACAUAGUCAUAUGGAUCCGUCCAUCUCAACCAUCGCCCUCACUACACCCCCCAUCACCCCAGCUCAGGUAUCCCGCGUGGACACCUGGCUUCAAUCCGUCCUCUGGGACUCCGUGAUGCCGCUUGCGGAGGAAGUAUCCGGGCCGACGGGGUUCGAUAUCCAUCGGUUAAAGGGGAUUCUGGUGCUGAGUGAUGGGUCGACGAAGAUUAUUCAGGCGGUGCGGGAUGUUUUUGAGAUUAGGGAUUCGGAGCCGGCGGAUGGGAAAAACCAGUGUAAGAUUGUUUUGAUUGGUCGGGGGUUGGGUGGUGAUGAUGGGGAGAGGGCGUGGCAGAGGAGUUUGGAGGAGUGGUUGGGUCGGUAGAGUACUACUAAGUAAUAGGAUGAUUUGGUGAUGAGGGUGUUUGUAACGAUGACGAUGAUGAUGAUG